AUCUGUAUUGCUGGUUCCUCCACUAGCUGGGUUUCAUUUCUUGGAUAUUAAGUUGCAAAUCUGAAGAGAUGGCACUGCUUUUACUGCACGUGUUGAUUGGGAUAUUUAUUUACUCUAGCCAUGUAAAAGGAUCUUCUCAGCCUCAAGCAAGGGUGUUUUUAACAUUCAAUGAGCUGCAAGAAACUAAGACCUCUGAAUAUUACAGAAUAUCCCACAAUCCCCUGGAUUACAGGAUAUUAUUUAUGGAUGAAGAUCAGGACAGGAUCUAUGUGGGCAGCAAAGAUCAUAUUUUGUCUUUGAAUAUUAAUAAUAUAAGCCAGGACCCUCUCAGUAUUUUCUGGCCAGCAUCAGCAAACAAGGUUGAAGAGUGCAAAAUGGCUGGCAAAGAUCCCACGCACGGCUGUGGAAAUUUUGUGCGUGUGAUACAGUCCUACAACCGCACGCACCUGUACGUUUGCGGUAGUGGAGCGUUCAGCCCCGUGUGUGUAUAUGUCAACAGAGGACGCAGGUCUGAGGAACAAAUCUUCAGGAUUGACUCCAAGUGUGAAUCAGGGAAGGGACGCUGCUCUUUCAACCCUAAUGUGAACACGGUGUCUGUUAUGAUCAAUGAAGAACUUUUUUCAGGGAUGUAUAUUGAUUUCAUGGGGACAGAUGCUGCCAUUUUCCGCAGCCUAACCAGACGCAAUGCUGUGAGAACUGAUCAACACAACUCAAAGUGGCUCAGCGAGCCUAUUUUUGUGGAUGCUCAUGUUAUCCCAGAUGGCACUGACCCCAAUGAUGCCAAAGUCUACUUCUUCUUCAAAGAAAGACUCACAGACAACAGCGGCAGCACAAAGCAAAUUCAUUCAAUGAUUGCAAGAAUAUGCCCAAAUGACACAGGUGGUCAACGUAGUCUUGUAAACAAGUGGACAACAUUCUUGAAAGCAAGACUUGUGUGUUCGGUAAUGGAUGAAGAUGGAACAGAAACAUACUUUGACGAAUUAGAGGAUGUGUUUCUUUUAGAAAUGGAUAAUCCCAGAACAACACUUGUGUAUGGAAUUUUUACGACAUCAAGUUCCAUUUUCAAGGGCUCAGCCGUGUGUGUAUAUCAUUUAUCUGACAUCCAGACUGUGUUCAACGGGCCGUUUGCACACAAGGAGGGCCCAAACCACCAGCUGAUUCCAUAUCAGGGCAGAAUUCCAUAUCCGCGACCUGGCACUUGUCCGGGAGGAGCCUUCACACCCAAUAUGCGGACAACCAAAGAGUUUCCAGACGAUGUUGUGACCUUCAUCAGGAAUCACCCUUUGAUGUUUAAUCCCAUUUACCCAAUCCACAAGAGGCCAUUAAUCAUUCGGAUAGGAACAGACUACAAGUAUACAAAGAUUGCUGUGGACCGUGUGAAUGCCGCUGAUGGAAGAUAUCAUGUCUUGUUUCUUGGAACAGACCAAGGAACUGUUCAAAAAGUUGUUGUCCUACCCACUAACUUCUCUGCAAGUGGAGAACUCAUUUUAGAAGAGCUGGAGGUUUUUCAGGUUUGA